CAGGACAGGGACAGCAGUCUGCCGCUGGACACUUAGUGAAUAUUAUUUGUAUUAUAAUAUCAGUAGAAUUAGAUUCCAGUGAAUUCCAGAGUUGUGAAGUCUGAAAGUCGACAUUUAUUGAUAAAAGAAAGAUGUAAUCAUCUCCAAAAUUCACCAAACUCAACCAAAUGUUCUGCUUCGAUCCAUAUUUGUUGGUGUUUAGCCUCAAAAACAACAUUUCCACUGCUGUCCCGCCUGCUGCACACACUGACGAGUUAUAUUCUUUAAAGAAAGUUGAUUUUAAAAACUUUCUUUGGUGAUGAUGUCAUGAAUCAGGGCUUCAGCGGAUCCUGACGAAGUCUUAAAUGCAACUGUUUGAAAUCUUGGCCGAAGAAGGUGGAAGAUUUUCUUAAAUACAAUUUUAUGGGUAUUAAUAUAAAUGCUCUACUGUUGUGUUAACUGCAAAUCAUCAAGAAGGUUUUAGAAGGAUUUAGCUAGAGUUUCUUAUAUUGCUGUUAUUUAUCACUAUUAUAUUGUUUAUGUCAAUAAAUUCAUGUAAUUUUAGGACUUAUUUUCAUUCACAGGCUUCUCAUUUUACUUCAUACUUCUGCCAAUAUGACCGCAAAACACAAACGAACAACAGCUAUCAAUCCAUGACAGACCCUUACCUGUCCAGCUACUAUGCCCCCUCCAUUGGCUUCCCUUACCCUCUCAGUGAGGCUCCCUGGUCGACCGGCGGUGACCCACCGAUCCCCUACCUGACACCCUACGCCCCCCUCAGCAAUGGAGACCAUCACUUUAUGCACGACACCGUGUUCGGGCAGCCGGGCGGGCUCAGCAGCAGCAUCUAUCCUCACAGGUUCAACUUCUUCCCUGAGAACCCGGCCUUUUCCGCGUGGGGCACCAGCGGCUCUCAGGGCCAGCAGACUCAGAGCUCAGCCUACGGGGGCAGUUACAGCUACCCCCCCAGCUCUCUGGGAGGCACUUUAGUCCCUGAUGGGCAGACGGGCUUCCACAGUGACACCCUGAGCAAAGCUCCCGGUAUGAACAGCCUGGAGCAGGGCAUGCUGGGUCUAAAAAUAGGUGGGGACGUGACGGGAAGCGGCUCCGGUGUGAAGAGCUCCGGCUCUCUUGGAGGCGGCAAUGUAGCUGCGGCUGUCGCCACGGGCAAUGGUGGCACACCAAUAGGGAUGCCCCCUCCGAAGCCGGCAUCGUGGGCUGCCAUCGCGAGUAAACCUGCGAAGAUGCAGCAACAGAAGAUCAAGAACAAACCCGGCCCGCCCAUGGCUGGAGGUCUGCCUCCGCCGCCCCUGAAACACAACAUGGACAUAGAUACAUGGGAUAAUAAAGGAGCUGCUAACAAGAUGGCGCCUCCUCUGCCGCCCCAUCACCACCACCACCACCACCACCAUCACCAGCAGCUCCACUCCCACGCUCCCAGCCUCCUGCCCCCCCUCCAGCAGUCCCUACAGUCUGCCCAGUCCCUCGUGCAGCAGAUGACCAUGCAGGGUCCUCCUCCACAGUCGUACCAGAACCACAACUCCGCUCCGACACCUCAGACCCGCUGGGUAGCGCCCCGCAACCGCAACUUGUGCUACGGUGGCGGAAGCUUGGACAGCAGCGGCUCCUCUAACGGCGGCGGUGUUGGUAACGGAGGCGGAGGGGGCGGUGGUUUGCCUCCAGAGCCGGGAUUGGAGUCCCACCCCGUGCUGGAGAAGCUGCGGGCGGCGCACAGCUACAAUCCCAAGGAGUUCGACUGGAGCCUGAAAAACGGACGCGUGUUCAUCAUCAAGAGCUACUCUGAGGACGACAUCCACCGCUCCAUCAAGUACUCCAUCUGGUGCAGCACGGAGCACGGCAACAAACGUUUGGACUCGGCCUUCAGAACCAUGAACGCUAAAGGUCCCGUCUACUUGUUGUACAGCGUCAACGGCAGCGGGCAUUUCUGCGGCGUGGCCGAAAUGCACUCGCCCGUGGACUACGGCACCAGCGCCGGCGUUUGGGCGCAGGACAAGUGGAAGGGCAAGUUUGAUGUGAACUGGUUGUUUGUUAAGGACGUGCCUAAUAGCCAGCUGCGCCACAUCCGCCUGGAGAACAAUGACAACAAGCCAGUCACCAACUCACGUGACACUCAAGAGGUUCCUCUGGAAAAGGCAAAGCAGGUGCUCAAGAUUAUCGCCCAGUACAAACACACCACCUCCAUCUUUGAUGACUUCUCCCACUACGAGAAGAAGCAGGAGGAGGAGGAGGUGGUGAAGAAGAGCUAUGAACCUGCACCCAUACAGAGCCGACCCCGACUCGAUCAGGAUCGUCAGAAGUAAACAGAAGACGGCUGUCGACGAAAUUUAGAUUUAAAAAAAAAGAAAAGGAAACACAAGGACAUAAAUAAAUUGAAAACUAAUAUUUUUUUCUAUUUAAUUUUGUUGACGUCAAACUUGUGAGCCCCGACGCUCCGACGCUCCCGGCCCCCCCGUCUUCACGACGCGUGCAGGGAUGAAGCUCGCUCCACCGGUUGAAUCGCUUCAAUAAUAUAUAUUUUCCUGUUUUCUUUUCUUAACCUUACAAAUCUCUAUCGCUCCCCCUGAACUUGCAUUCUUAGCUAAAUAUAAGUAACAAAUAUGUGCACGUCUGUUUUUGAAUCUCUACGACAUGCUGCUGAUAUUCAGUGACUUCACUUGUGUGGUGUGUGUGUGUUGGAGAAAUGUUAAGUGCUUGUAUUGGUUAAUCUUGACGAGUGAACAAGACAAAUGUCUGCUAUCUGUUUGUGGCCAGUUGUAUUUUAUAUUAUCAGACGGGGGGGAAAUCUAUAAAGCCCCUUUUUGUUUAGUUUUUUCAUGUGAGGGGUGUUUUAUUUUGGCGGGGGGUGUGUACACUGAGCGUUUCUGUGCAUAGACUUCAUCGUGCGGAGGUUGUGACGUUGGAAAGCGUAAAGCACCUGGCUUACAGCUGAUUACAUCCCGGGGGGGGAGGUUGUGGGAUGUCGUCUCCUCGAGUGGCGCCUUAACAUUUAUUUUCAGCACUGAAAUGAUCUUUUUGCAGAAGUGCACCUCUAGAGAUUCAGGGAGAAGAUGUCCGCAGAUGAAACGCUCUUCACCGUGGUCCCUCUCUUUCUUAUUUAAGGAUGCAAAUAUAAAAUAUAAAAUAUUACUGUAUGAGUUCAGGUUUAUAAUCGACACAAAACUCUUUCUGUCUUACUUCCCAGUUUACGGUGACUUUUAAUUCCCCCCGCAGGAAGUCUCUGCUUAUGAAGUUCUGGAGGAAAAUGUAGCAUGUACUGCUUUUAAAAACUCAAGCCAGCGCCGUCACCUUGUUCUUUUUGUUCUUUCUUAGCAUAAUUAUUAUAAUCUCGGCAUCAUCUUCAUCAUCUUCAUCGCUAUAACCCGUUCACGUCAUCCUCGGAAAUGUAAGCUUUAAUGUACCGACAUUUCUAACUGAGAUCGCCUCAGAAAUGUUUAACUGUAGCAUUAUAACUGAUUUAUUGUCAAGUGUAUGGAAACCCAGAGACUAGCCUAUAUGGUAUAUGUUUGUGACUUCUUUUCUUUUUUACUUGCUUGCUGUAUCGUGUGUGUAUGCAAGAGUGAAAGAAAAGAGAGGGAGUACGAUUGUGGAGCAAUCAGAGUUAUAUUACUGGUAUUGGAUUAUAGAAGAUUUAUGCAAAAACAAUGUUUUAAAAGUCACCCCUGAAUUAAAUAUCCAUGUAUCAGAGGUCACUAUCACAUUCUUAGAUUUGAUCAUGUUCAUUAUUAAAGAUAUACUUAUCUGUU